AUGGUGGUCUACAGUUUCUACAUAUUCGACCGGCAUACGGAAUGCGUCUACUCCAAACUCUGGGCUAGGCAAGACCGGCCAAUCUCAGGAGGUGGCACCUCCAUCCGACCCAUCUCCGACUCCAGCGCAACGAGCAAUGGAGCUCCCCCCGACCUUGGCCCCGCGAGAGCACGCCCAGCACGCUUGAGCGCACAGGAUGAUGCGAAGCUCAUCUUCGGAACGAUAUUCUCGCUGCGAAACAUGGUGCGGAAACUUGGAGGACCAGACGAUAGGUGA